AUCCUAUCAUGAACCUGGCUGAAGUCGAGAGUCAUCUCAAAAAUGACGAUAACUGGGGUAUAUCCCGGUUCAAAUUCAGCGAUUUGGCGUCGCCCGUCCUCGCCAUACAUUUCGUUGCCCUCACAAACCUGGAUAAUCUGGGCGAUGGUGAUCUCCCACCGACUAAUCAUUGGUCGAUCUUCCUUGAAGUUGCAGCACGUCGUUCUGUAAAGAUUGACUGUGCGCCGAACGCAGCUGGACAGCCGGGCAUGAUUAUCCUGGAAGAGGAAGACGUCGGUGUCGUCGCUGACCAGGCGAAAUGCGUCACCAUCGAACCGUGUAAGACUUCGAUCGUUGGCGGUGUCCUUCGUGUCCUUAUCGAGAAGGGUCGGGAUCAUUACAUCUUUACUAGAAAUAUGGAGGGUUGCAGGUAUUGGAUGUCCGUUGUCGCAGGAGACCUGGCGGAGGCCGAGCUCAUCUCAAGAGGUGAUGCGGAACGGGUGACCGAAACAUUGCCUUGCUACUGGCCGAGCCCUGUGGGCACUUCUCCCGUCCCGAGAGACAUCGAGGAAGGCCAAUUCUUCUGAUGUGUGUCCAAUAAUUGAGGCUGUGGUCUAAUGAGGCUGUAGAGCAUUCCCUUGCUUGAUCGAUUUAAUGCAACAUCCAUGCGGCCAUGAUCACGACUCGGCCGUAGGCUGGCGCGUAACUGAGCACACGUUCGGACUAAAUCCCGAC